CGCAAUGGGAACGCGGCAGGAGCACAAAUGCGAUCACUGCCAGAAAUUAAGAAGAAAUGGUCGGACAUCAAGGUGGAUGUGAAGAACAGGGUUGCUGCACAUCGCCGGAGUGUUUCAGCCACAGGUGGAGGCCCAGGUUUACCGGCGCUGACUCCACAUGAAGAGCGAGUUGCUGCAAUGAUUGGGGAGACAACGCUCGUUGGUAUCCUGCCAGAAAAUGAAGCCGAAUCAGACAUGAUUGUUCAAGUGGAAACUGGGGAAUGCAGUGCCAGAGACGCAGAGGAAUCCAGUUCCUCAUCCAGCGUCUCCACACUGGACCUCUGACAGCCCCUCACUUGGUGCAACGGGAGGUGCCUGAAGCAGAGGCACCGCCGGCCUCAGUUGAAGGAGGUCAUCAAUCAGGCCAGGUGCUAACCGACGCUGUGCUGC